CAUACACAAGACGUCUACGCAAUAUGGUAAAUCCAGAUAUCUAGACAGCGUUUGGAAAGCAAGGAGUUUUGUCAUUUUUGGAAGAGCGAUCCGGAGCUGAGAUCCGGAGCUGAAAUCCGGAGUUAAGUCCCGAUCUGAGCUGUUAUUAGGCGGCAGCUGCCCCAGCGGAUUCCCCUGACCUAGCUUGGGCCCAGCGAUGGGAAAAUUCGGUAGUAGAUCAAUUGCGUUCCGCCCAAAGGCAUCGGCAUCGUCAGCAAGACAUCCACCCACCAAAUACUGGAAUGGGCCGUUCCGGUUCUUUGAUCUUCCUCCCGAGCUAAGAGACCACAUCCUGAAGCUCAUUCUGCUCGACUGGGAUUCUACUAGCAAGGAUGCUGUCCACCUUUUCCUUACGAAUAAGCGAAUAUACACUGAAGCCGCUUCAAUAUUUUACUAUGAAGUCCUGCUCGAUAACAUGCACCUAAAAGGGACCGCUGAUCCUUUCUUAGCCGGCUCACUCACUGCGGUAACCCCUCGACUUCACGUUCGAAAUCUGAUCAUCAGGUUCUUGAUGAAAGAGCAGAUGUAUCUGUUCGGCGAGGUGUACGGCACAGCCUUACAAGAAAUGGCCUCUAGAGGGAAACUCCAGAGCCUACGACUUGAGAUCGGAAGUCGUUUUCCAUGCUACGAGUUCUGGGGCUACGAAGACGAACUGUUCGUCUACGAUAAUAUUCGUGUUGUAGCCGAAAAGUGGAAGGGAAUGGUGAUAUCGGCACCUCUAUUCGUCACGAAAGAGCCGUUCCAAAACUUCCUCAAGUUUCUUGAAGAGUCCAAAAUCCCCAAGAUCAGACUAUUCGUCGAUGCCGAGGACCACUCGAAAUUUUGGUGUAUGUUCCAUCGCCCUCACCCGUCGGGUAAAAAGUGUGAAGGCGAGUGGAGAGGUAACGCGAAGGUAUUAAAGAUCCAGUGGUCGAGCUUGGUCAAGGCUCUUAAAGGAGCCAAAGCUGUAGCACCAGUACAGAAGGAUUGUUAACGACGGGGAUCUAAGUAACGUUACGUUACCACGACGGUUAUGAAGAAUGAGUAUACGUCUUCAUGUGAUUCGACAUACAUCAGGAGAACGAUUAGAAUUCGACCUCAAGGUGGUAGACGAAGGCGCAUUUUUUGGUGUAUCGCGAAAAUUUCAGACUAGAUGCUAGGAUCAUGAUUAUAUGUUGAACUAGAAGAGUGUCACGAGGUGGAAGCAAACAGUAGGGAAGCAACUUCGUUAUUCCGCGAGAAACUCUACCCUACCUACCUACCUACCUACCUACCUACCUACGGGAGCCUAAGGCUAUACAUACCCUGAACAUGUUCGUUGUUCUAGAUGUCUCAUCUAGAAUUCUGGCAAAGAGUCUGUAUUAGUGUGUUUACAUGACGAUUAAUGAAUUCGUUGGGUACCUAUAUGACUGAACGUAUAAUUCAAAUAUACCUAACAUAAGAU